UGGUCGAUCUGGACCGAUCGAUAUGUCCGAGACCGGUCUUGUUGCAAAACAGUCUGCUUUGUUGAUAAAAAAUAACUCUGUAUGUGCAAAUACCAGCUACUUCCACGGUUACCAAGCACGGAGACCAUCUCAUUGGAAUCACAUAGAAGGCUUAGAUUAAUUUGAUCUAAGAUAGAAGGCUUCAACAUGGCAUCAGUGGUGUUAGAGGGUGAGAACCUAGGAGAAAGGCAUCGUCACUUCAACAGCUUAGUGAAAAAAGCCAUUGCCGAUCAAACUGCGUUGGAACCCAUCAACUAUGACGACCCAGACGUCGACAACCUUUUGAAGAUUGACGUCGCCAGCACUACCAGAAAUGUGGAGUACAUACUACAGGUCCUGACAUCCGAAGACAUGCUGUACGUAUCCAGGGCAAUCAAAAAAUGCACUUGGCUCAUAACCGAUGACCAGUACGCUCACAUCAUCAACCCUAAAUACCUGAAAGAUGAACUUUUCCCAAAAAUGACCUCUAAGAGUAAGAGCAAAUUGAUUCUCGCCAUAAGACUCCAUCUACGGGACCCAGCACGCGUUGAAGCGUUCUACGAAUUCUACGCUGACGACUUGCAAAUAGCUCAAAAAUGGCUCCCAUACUGCUCUCCAGAAUUCAUAGAAAACAUCGUUUCGAAGCACGCACGCGAAAUUAAAUCUCAAACGUUAAAACGCCUGUGUGAAAUUUCCUUCAAGUACUUCAAAAUAUAUGCAACAGCUGAUAACACCAGAUAUUUCAGACGAAAAGUCAAAAUUACAAUGUUUCUAUUGAACGAUCACACCGAAGAAUAUCUUGACAUCAUAGAAUCGCUCAAGAGAUACCGUAUCCCAAUAUUUAAGAGCAAGGCCACUGAAACAAUAAUGCGGAAGUGCCACGACAGAAUUGUAAAAAACUUUAUGAAAUAUGCUUGCUGCAUCCACCUUCCUACUUUCGCCAAACAUUUGAAGAAGGAGAUAAUUGAAGAUUUUCUAACUCAACAGACUGAAAAUAAGAAAAUGAAACAUUGGGUUAAAUUCGAAAACAUUAAACAUUUCGUUCAAUACUUACCGAUUGAUAGGAGGUUCGAAUUUGUUAGGAAACUAUUCAUUGAUAAAGAGAAAAAGAAGAGUAAAUCGAAAACUGUAAAUCUAGAAGACGACGCGUUUUGUCUCGACGGUGGAGCACAACCUCGCAUGCAACUUUGCAGCUUGAAGAUGUCAUCAUCAAGGCACAUCUCGGCUAGCAAUGCUCAUAUUUACCGUUGGUAUCGCUUUGCUCCAUUUCAAUCAGCUUUUAAUGAUUUGAAAAAGUUGAUUCGCGCCGAAUCAAAUCCUGCUGAACGCACUGCUAUGCUGUCAAUUCUAUUACAUUGCACCAGACGCAAUCCACGACAUAUUCAAACUCUCUUGCAAUUUUAUCGCGAAAAGCAUAUUAAUGAACCUUUUAAGUUCAAAGUUCAAUUUGCAAACACCUUCAUAUCUUUGAACGCAAUACACCAGUUUGAUGAGAACACAUGGAAUACUCUCAAUGACCUAUUCACUAGUAUGGAAGUUUACAUAGAAUCUGGAAACAGUGUACCGUUCUGUGUAAAAGCGAUUAUAGUAUACAAACUCCUUCACAACCAAACCAUCCCUGAAAUAAUCGAAAAGAAGCAUACCUUUGAUACUUUUGAAGAUUAUCGAAAGAAGCUUAAUGAGAAAGAGCAGAAUAUACUGUUUGAUUAUUUAUAUAAUCUUGAACUUAAAAAGCUAAACAAAGAAGUUACAAAUGAAGUAGAUAUGAUUAUUACCAUUGGAGCUUUGAAUAAUAUUCUAAAACUGGUUACAGCUUGGAAAAAGAGGGUCGAAGAUUACCCUAAAAUAUUUGAGACCAUCAGGUAUCUGAUCACAAUUAAAAAAGAAAAAUCGUGGAAAACUAGCCUUUCGGACCUAUAUGCACAGAAACUACUGAGGCGAAAUCUAUUUGAAGAUUCCCUCGCUUUAAAGCAAACCGAUGAAGUGUGUGUUAACGCGCUGAAGCACGACCCUGGUCUCUUAGACCGCUACGAAGCUGAAAUUGCAGCAAUGCGCUCAAAUGACGCCAUUUCCUUGAGGAUAUCACUGGGAAAACUGAGGAUUUAUUGGGCGAACUCUUUAGCUCAAACAUGGAUUGAAGCAUACAAAAAUCAACUUGAGAAGCCGAACAGUCAUAAGGCUGCCAUAAAUGGCAUAUGCAUUCUUUUACCUCGUAAGCAGUUUUUCGAAGUGGUCGCAAAUUAUGCUCCAGUUGAAACUAAAAUUAAUUGGAGUGACACAGACGCAACACUGCUAAGCUUAAGGAAGAAUAUAGCCCAGCAAAUGCAAUUCGUUAGACCACCACCAAAUCUAGAAGGCAUUUUGACUUAUGCAAAGGAAGACUACCUUCAGUAUGCGCUGCCUUCUCUCAAUGCUAUUUUGUACAACAUGAGUUCCGCUAAUACAUUAGAAUGUAUUCAACGUCUGGUGAACGCGCCAGUUUCAUUGCAAAAACAUGGCAUACGGCUCGCGUUUAAUAAAUUGCAACUUUCCGAAAUCAAAGAUCUCAUUCAUAAUAUUUGGAAAAAUUCUAAAAACUCUUCUAUAAAAACGGUGUUGUUCAAACAAACGUAUGAUCUUUUGAUUAAAGAAAAAAAUGAAUCAAACAUCAACCAAAUUUGGGAGUUGCUCAGCAAUUUCAUUGAUAAGUUAUCACAGGAGGAGAACCGGAUUAUAUAUCUCACACUAGGUAACGUAAAAAGUUUGCCCAUGCCUGUACGACCUGCAUGUUUCGUCAAAAGUUAUUUAUAUUUGAUAUCACUCCCCACAAAAGCAAACUGUGAACCGAUCAUAAAAUCCUUAGAAAGUCAAGCUGUUGACUUUAUUGAGCUCCUGGAACCGGCUUUUGUAGAAGACGUGUUAUUGAAAUCUACAGCAGAACUUAUGGCCGAGACGAAUGUUUAUGAUAUGAAGCUUACGACAAGAGUACGACUGCUUACGUCAUACAUACUUUCGAUCAAAGAUGAAGAAACACAAUAUAAAAAAUAUGAAAAAGUUUUACACCCGGUCUUGGAGAGCUGUUAUAAGUCAUGGGGACAGAAGAAGGAUAAAUCCUAUGUGGUUAGGGAUAACUGCAAGGUUCUGCUAAAAGAUCUUCUAAUCUACACCAAAAAACAUAUACAGAAGACGGCUACAGUCCCGGCAAAAAUGUUUAAAGAUAUUCAAACGAAAAUUGUAGCUGCAUUGGCACCUGAAGAAAAUUAUGCAAUAUUGUCUUAUUGGAAUAUAACAGUUUUAUUUGUAGAAUCUGUAGCCAAGUAUUUGAAAGACCUAGAGAAAGAAAGUUCAGCCGAAAAAUCUGGUGAUGAGCAGGUAAAACUGAUGAAGACGCCAUGUUGUAUGCCGGGUUGUGAAAAUCAGCCCAACGACCCAGAAUGGGAAAAAGCGUGUUCAAAAAUAGCAAUGUACUUCGGAGAAGCGUGUUUGAACUUUUUGAAAACUGAUAUUUCGUUCGAAAACCGAUCUAUUUUCACCAUCUUCGCUUCAUCACUCUGCGAGGUAUUCACGAAUGUGGAUUUUGAAAGUAUUCAUCGCCUCAACACAUUCGUACCUAUGCUUGCUGACAGUAAUAUUAUAGUGAGUUACUUGGUAGUCCUCGAAGCGCUGCGAUCUACGUAUUCCUAUGGCCAGAAACUCGAAGUGAAACAAACUAUUAUUGAUAUUAUUAAAACGCACCCGUCUACAGAAGUAAAAAUACAUUACCAUAUUGUGUUUAAAAAUUACUUUCUGAGAGAGAUGGAAUAAAUAAUAAGAGACAGUUGUAACUAAGUACUUAUUAUACACUAGCUUUUGCCCGCGGCUUCACCCGCGUGAAAUUUAGCUUGUUACAGAUCCCUCUGAACACGUGGUCCGACUGCUUUGUCCGACUAAUCGGACCACGUGAACUUUUUUUUCCUGUUGGUUCGAUUAAGGAGUCGGGUACCGGACUGGCCGACUCGUAAUCCGGGGAACGCGGGUUCGGUCCCCGCCGCCGCUCGACUAUUGCGGUGAGCUCACUCGUGAUACAAAGUCAAAGUCAAAAUUUCUUUAUUUGUUUAGACUAAUAAAUAGUUCUUACAAAUCGUCAUUUUUCCCUUAACAAGCAUAUUUAAGCUUAGUACGAGGGGCUAACGGGAGUAUUAGUAAUUUGUAUAAUAAGAAUAACAAAUUACUAAUAAUCUUUUUAAAAAAAAAGAUACUUAACAGAAAAAUGAAAUACGUACUUAAAAUGACUUGUACGUCCCUGCCUACCGUUAUCAUAAUUUUAUGUUUUUAAUUUUCAUACAAAAUAAAUUUUAUAAAAUCAGAUUUGUAUGAAAAUUAAAAUAAAUUUUAUAAAAUCAGAUUAGUAUGAAAAUUAAAAUAAUUAAAAUUAAGAUAUCAAUUUUCUGACUUCACCAUACCAUUUAUAUGCCCAUGUUAACAUGGGCUAGUGUCGGCUCAUAUUUACCUACACCCUGUCUGUAGGUAAUGAGAAAUAAGUACUAUUUUCAACCUUUUUGAUAGGUUUUAUUCUUAAAACUAGCGGCCGCCCGCGACUUCGUACGCGUGGAUCCCGUUUUACCCCCUUCAUCUAUCUUACGCGGUUUUGAUUUUUUCAUGUUUUUCCCGCUAACUCCCGUUCCCGUGGGAAUUUUGUAAUAUCCUGUUGUAACCAAGCUUUGAGUUUACUAAGGUACCUGCAUGCCAAAUUUCAAGCGUCUAACUUAAGCGGUUUAGAUUUUUCAUACAAAUGUUUUUUCCCGCUAACUCCCGUUCCCGUGGGAAUUUUGCAAUAUCCUGUUGUAACUAAGCUUUAAGUUUACUAAGGUACCUGCAUGCCAAAUUUCAAGCGUCUAACUUAAGCAGUUUAGAUUUUUCAUACAAAAGGAUUUUCCCACUAAUUCCCGUGCCCGUGGGAAUUCCUAAGUAUCCUAUAACCUGCCCAGGACUACGAAGAAUAAUUGUACCAAGUUUCGUUAAAAUCCGUCAAGUAGUUUUUGUUUCUAUAAGGAACAUACAGACAGACAGACAGACAGACAGACAGACAGACAGACAGACAGACAGACAAAAAUUUUACUGAUUGCACUUUUGGCAUCAGUAUCGAUCACUAAUCACCCCCUGAUAGUUAUUUUGAAAAUAUAUUUCAUGUACAGAAUUGACCUCUCUACAGAUUUAUUAUAAGUAGGUAAUACCUACUUAUAAUAAAUCUGUAGAGAGGUCAAGAUGCAGAUAUCUAUACCUACUAGGUAUAGAUAUCUGCAUCUUUGUUAAUAAAACAGGAAUUACUUAAUACUAAAUCGCAACCAUCACGUAAAACUUAUUUAAAUUAUACUCGUAGUAUUUAUUUAUUUAUUUAUUUAAGGCUCAUAAAACAAGUUACAGUCAUAUUCAGGCAUAGAUAAUAUUCCAUAGAUUAAUCUAAACCGCAACUCUAAACAUGUGUGCACAGAAUGAAUUGAAAAUUAUGAAAUUCACUCACUACAGACUCACUCACUCUGCUUUUUUGCACUUUUCUCUUGCUGAUUGAUCUGAAAAUGAAAAAAAAAGUUCAGAAUGUAAUUGUAAAAUAUAGGUAGUUAGGUAAGUAAGCUGGUAAGUAGGCCUACCUAUGUAAAACCUUGACAAAAAGAACCUUUGUCUUUCAAAUUGUAUUAGAUUAGGAUGUGCUUAUUAGUAAGGACUGUAUAAUAACAUAAUAGAAUUAAUAUUUUUUUUUAGGUUUUGAAUAAGUUUUAAUGUUUCAAAAAUAAAGUUAAGAUUGAAAUUU